AUGUCCAGCUCCAGAAAUCGACCUUGCCAGAGCGUACUAAACAAUGUCGACCUUGUCGAAGCUUUUGCGAACUUCCACAAGCUCGCCGGAGCUCCUACCUUCUACGAUCUCGACCACGACGAAGCCAAAGUAAAACGAUUUAGGGAUUUCCCGAUUUCAGCUCUCCCGCGAUUUCCGUCCUUCCCCUCCCCCCAUUUGAAUUGGGUUUCCCUCGAGUAUCAUGGACUUCAAUCGGACUUAAGCGCCAUAUAUCUUAAAGGAAUGAUGGCGAAUGGGAACUCUUCAAUUGAAUUCAACAUGAUCCCAUAUGAUGUUUUUCUUUUUUACUGA